AGGGAGACUAAUAGAGAUUAAUUUAUUAUGCUAUAAUUUCAAUGUUUGUUCUUUGAAUAUAUAAAUUAAGUUAAUUGAUAUACAUUUUGAAGCAUUGACGUUAGUACAGUUGACGGUAUUUGAACUAUUUCAACGAACAAGAACAUAAAAGCGUGUCAGAAGUGUUCAGUAUCUAACAGAAAUAUGAAAUAAGAUGUGGGAUUUAAUGAAGUCAUUUACACAGCAGUGUCGGAAGAGAUACAAAUACGCAUGUGCGGAAAUAGAGACAGUUGUAAAUUCAAGAACUUUGUACCCUCAGAAAGUUCGAAUUGUGGAGGUUGGUCCACGUGAUGGACUACAGAAUGAACCGAGCAUUGUACCUACAGAUGUUAAAGUAGAGCUCAUUGACAAACUUUCCAGAUCAGGACUGAAGUCAAUUGAAGUUACAAGUUUUGUUUCACCAAAAUGGGUACCCCAGCUGUCUGAUCAUGCAGAAGUAUUGCAACGUAUUACAAAGUAUCCAGAAGUGAAUUAUUCGGUUCUUGUACCAAAUAUGAAAGGCCUUGCAGGAGCAGUAGAAGCAGGUGCAAAAGAAAUUGCCAUCUUUGGAGCUGUGUCUGAAACAUUCACCAUGAAGAAUAUCAAUUGCACAGUGGCUCAGAGUAAUGAGAUUUUCAAUAAAGUGGCAAAAGCAGCUCUGGACAAGGGAUUGCGGGUUCGAGGUUAUGUUUCUUGCGUAUGUGGUUGCCCAUAUGAAGGAGCAAUUCACCCAACAGCUGUUGCGAAGGCAGCAAAUGCUCUAUACAGCAUGGGAUGCUAUGAAAUCUCUCUUGGGGACACUAUCGGUGUCGGUACACCAGGUUCGAUGAGAGCCGUGUUAGAAGAAGUUAUCAAAUAUAUACCAGUAGAUAAACUAGGUGUCCAUUGCCAUGACACGUAUGGUCAAGCACUCGCCAAUAUCCUUACAGCACUUGAGUUCGGCGUUUCUGUCGUCGAUUCCUCUGUAGCUGGUCUUGGCGGCUGUCCGUAUGCCAAGGGAGCUUCUGGUAACGUAGCUACUGAGGAUGUAGUGUAUAUGUUAAAUGGAAUGAGUAUUGAGACUGGAGUGGACUUGGGAAAGGUAAUAGAAGCUGGUGAAUAUAUAUGCGGUGUCCUAAAUAGGCAGUCUGCUUCAAAAGUUGGUCGUGCACUGAGUAAACUGUGAUGACAUUAUGGCUGUGGAUAUCGUGAGCCAGUUAUGCUAAUUACAAAGUCGCAACAUGUUCUUAAAGAGGUGAUAUUGUAUAAAAGUGAGAAUGCACAGAUUUGUGACCAAGCAUAUUAAAUACAUAAUCUGCAUGUGCGUAAAUAUUUUUACAUUCCAGGAUUUAUUACCACUUUUAUAUUUUUGUUUUGUAUGAGUUGCUUUUAUAAAUACUCUAUUUAAGGUAUAUUAUUUAGUGUGAAAGUGUUAACACUUUUAAUUUAUAACAAUACUUUUUACAUACACAUUUUGUUGAGUCUCACGUCUAUUAUGGUCAUGUGUGGUAAUAUAAAUAAAACAUUACUUGAUUUUAUUAAAAGUAGUAGAAUGGAUAUAUGGUUAUAUACUUUUAAAUAAAAUUGUUUUAUAGCAUGUGUGCAUUCUGUAUGUUAGUAAUUGUUAAUAUUCAGUCAAAUAAAUUACAGUUUUCUGUUUUAUCUUUUUGGGUCUUUACAUAUUGUAGCUUUUGUUUGGUUUUCAUCAUUUGUGAAUUAUGUUUGUGUUUCAUUUGCGUGGUGUAUUCUGCUACAAUGUGUAUAAUCAUUAAUUAGUUUUAUCAUCAGGUACCUACUACUUUAUUAAAUUUAUUACUAUUUGAUUUUGUUAAAAAGAAUUUUCAUUAUGAAGAUUUCUGCCUUCUGGGUUGUUGCGCUGUGUAGUCUAGUCGAUGUUUACCAACGUUUCAGAGGUCAUACUGCCUCCGUCAUCAGGGUGAUGAAUCAUGAACCAGACUACACAGCGCAACAACCCAGAAGACAGAAACUUUCAUACUCACCGCCGUGAAAACCUCAAAUCUUACAAUUUUCAAUACAUUUGACUCUCCACUAGAUAGAAUGGGGAAGUGGGCAUAGCCUUCUUGAUGUGUCAUUCUUUCUUUUUAUAUAUGCAUGCAGCGUAGUGUCAUAAGAUUUCCCGCAGUGUGUGGCACUGUCCUAGGUUUAUACUGAAAGUCCUGGAAUUAUUGUUGGAGGUACUAUUAGCCUUUGGCAGUGAAAGUUUGUUAUGAAUUGUACAUAAAUACAAACUACCUUGUAAACAUUCAGAAUAAGGAUAAUGGGCUAAAUAUUAGAAUCACAAUGUAUAAUUUCUUUUAGAUUAAAGCUGCAUGAUUAUAAUAAAGAAGACAGGAAAAAUAUAGUAAGAUUUAAGGUUUUCAUAGUAACGAGUAUAAAGAUGGCUGUCUUCUGGGUUGUUGUGCCGUGUGGUCUGGCAGAAGUUCACUGAUGUUUCAGAGGUGCUUGCUGUCUCCAUCAUCAGGACUACUUAUUGCCCUGUUGAUGGAGACAGCAGGCACCUUUGAAAUGUUGUUAAAUUGACAGACUACACAACACAACAACCCAGAAGAGAGCCAUCUUCUAGAAAGAUUAUCUGUGAUGGUGCUUAAUCUGCGUUCCUGUAUGGUCUGUAAAUUUCAUGAUGUUAUGUGAGUGUUCAAAAUAAGAAAUGGUAGAGUGAUUAUUAAUAGUGAAUUUUGUUUUAUUGUUACAUAAUUUUUUAUAUCUUUUGCACAUAAUUCGUGGGGUAAUGGAGUAUAAGACUUAACCUAAGGUAUAUCUGGAUCAUUAAACAAAUGUUUGUUGGUUAUGACAGCAAAUGUGUGACAGAUGUAGUUUGAUGAUCCAGUAGUGCACGUAAUACGGAACAGUAGUGUAGGAAUUCUGAGGCGAUCACCCCUGAACCAACAUAUUUAUCUGGUAUUAGAACCCAUUGGCACAAUACAGCUAAUAUGAAAGCUCAGCAUUGGAUACUUCUUACGCCAGUUCCUUCUUCAUCUCGUCCUCACAUGAUAUUUCAUACCCCAGGGUCCUUAUACGACUAUUGUACUGGCAUUGUCCAUUCUGUGAGAUGUACUUGUUAAUACAUCAUGUUUCAGGUGUUGGCUCUGUUCCUGUCUUCAGGUGGUUAUCAUACUGACAGAUUUUCUAUCAAUUUUUUUACUCUUGGUGAUGGUAUUUAGGAUUAUUAGGAUUAUACCUGGGCCUGUCAAUUUUAUCUUCUUUUCUUGUUUUGUUUUCAUUGAGAUUAAAAAUUAUCAGUUUACUGCAUGUUAUAUUGUACUUGUUUACAAAGGCUGUAUCCACAAAUAUUUUAUAAAUUUCUAAUUUCUGCAAA